AUGAGUCUUAACUGCCGUCGUCUCUCCGGCGAGUUUCUGACAAGUGGUAUCAAAGCUCCCAAGUUGCGGGCCGGGACUCGAUCGCGGCAAGGUACAGCCGUUGGAAUCAAGAACGCGCAAUCGAGACGCGCUAUGGUAGGAGGAAAGGACGGCGUGGUUCAGAGGGUGAUUCAUGAGGUGAGCGCCGGGGCCGGGUUCCCAAUGCUCACCAAGACCAACUACUCCGACUGGGCGCUGCUCAUGAAGGUCAAGCUCAGAGCCCGGUUGCUCUGGACCGCCAUUGAGAAAGGGGGCGUCGAACCCCAUGAAGACAUGUAGGCGCUCGACGCGCUCUGCAGCGCCGUGCCGGCCGAAAUGUGGCCGGUGAUCGUGGACAAGGAGACGGCCAAGGAGGCCUGGGAGGCUAUCGCCACCAUACGGAUCGGCGAUGACCGCGUAAAGAAGACGUCGGCUUAGAACUUGUGGCGGCAGUUCGACUCGGCGACGUUCAAGGAGGGAGAGUCUGUUGAGGACUACGCGCUGCGUCUCAACAGCAUGGCGUUGACUCUCACCACCCUCGGCGACAAGGUCGAAGAGACGCAGGUAGUGGAGAAGAUUAUUCGCAGUGUUCCCCAGCGUUUCAAGCAGAUCGUGGUCGCGAUCACGAUGCUGCUCGACGUGUCGACGCUCACCGUCGCGGAUUUGACGGGUCGACUCAAGACGGCGGAGGAUGCCUUCGAGAAACCGCCGUCGGCUAUGCACCACGACGGCAAGCUGUACCUGACCGAGGAAGAGUGGGACGCACAGCGGAGGAAACGUGAUGCUGAGAAAACUGGUGGUGGAGGUAGCAGCAGCGUGACGCACCGUGGCGGACAUGGGCGCGGGCGCGGGCGCGGCCGUGGCAGCGACAAGGGCUCGUCAUCAAGCGGCCUGACGGGCAACUCAGGCCGGCCUAGUGGUGAUGAGUGCAGUAGAUGCGGGAAGCUGGGCCACUGGGCCCGCGAGCGCCGAUCCAAGCCCAAGAAAGAGCAGGCCCACAUCAUCCAGGAUGAGGAGGAGGCCUCCCUCCUUCUCGUGAAGUCAACGACAGCCAUAUCGACGGUGCCGCCACCAACCUCCACUCCACCACGUUCUGCUAUGACUCCGCAGGCAGAGGAUCGGCUCCGGCAUGCAAGCCCACCGCCGCCCGGAGCAAAAGGGGUCCCCGUCAAUGGAGGGGCCGCCAAAGAAGAGAAGAAGCCAAGCGCCCAGACCCAGAUCCAUCUGCGGGAAGAGAAGGUGUUCGCCCACCUUGAAGAGGAGGAGCUGCGUGAUGAGGAGGCGUGGGUCGUGGACACGGGCGCCACGAACCACAUGUCGGGUUCCCCUAGGGCUUUCACCGAGCUGGACACGGCAGUGCUUGGGACGGUACGGUUUGGCGACGACUCGGUGGCGCGGAUCGAAGGCCGGGGGGCAAUCGUGUUCCUGUGCAAGAACGGCGAGCACCGGUCCUUCGCGGGGGUGUAUUACAUUCCCUGA